UACUAUACAUUUAUAUUAUUUUGUAUAUAAACUAUAAAUGACAUGAUAGAAAGUUAAAUGAUUUUUGUUCUAUAUAGUUUCACUUGAUGAUAAAUGUACAAAUACUUUAGUUUCUCUUUUCCUAAAUUUUUCCUCUCCCCUUUGUUCUUUCUUUCUCCAUGCCCAAAAGACAUUCUUACAGGUUGAAAGUCCGUUCGUUAUAGUUUCUAGUGCAGUACAAAACGGUUUGCGGUUUACCGGUAUUUCUUAGUUUGUGUUGUGUUCGAGUUGAAAGUUUAAAACGUAAAAUAAAAAGUUCGGGCAAGAAAUCCUGAAAAUUAACAGUAUGUAUUGUAAAUGUGAAAAAGUUCAGUUUAUGUAUAAAGUACAAAAGUUGUUAGUAAAAAAAAGUUAUCAAUGUGAUAUAAAAAGUAUGUUCGACACAGUAUGGAUUGCUCGCGUUGUGCCUUCAAGAGCAAAUACUGCACAGGCUCUUAUUGAUACAGGUAAGCCCUGUGAUGCUACUGAUGCAGAUUUUUCAGUGCUACAUUUGGUCGGUUCGGCUAAAAAAUUCACUUCUCAAGUUAGAAUAAUUCAUCAUGUCAGACUCUGGUUCAGAAAGUUCCUCUUCGGAGGGUUAUGAUGGAAGGAGAGAUCGUGUUGCAUCCGCUGACAAUGUGGCAUCACCAAACUUCUCGCACCAUUCGUCUGUAUCUGGGCGUAAAUCUAGAGCAAGUUCUAUAUCUUCAAGAGAGAAGUCACCUGGAUCUUUUAUAUCAGAAAGAGAUUUAAAAUCUCCAAGAUAUACACCAAUAUCUCCAAAAUCUCAAAGAUCUGGUUUAGCAUCUCCUAGUGAAGUGGGUUCUCCAAGAUCGACUCGUAGUUUAUCAAAAUCACCACCUGCUUCACCAAAAUCAUAUCAUUCAGGAAACAAUUCUUUGGAUUCACCAAGAACUGAUCGCAGUUUAUCUCAUUCUCCUAUGCAAGAUGAGAGAUCAUGCCCAUCUAGUCCCCAUGAUUCUAAAUCUUUACAUCUUGAAGAUACAGAACCUAAACAAUUUGAACUGGAAGUAGAUGCACAAAGAUCUGGAGACAAUUCCCUUAAAUCAUAUUCCUAUAAAAAUAGUGAAUCGAGACAAAGUUCACCAAAAUCACCAAGGUCUGGACGUAGUUCAGCAAAAUCAUUAAUGUCUGGAAGAAGUUCUCCAAAAUCAGGUCCAGCAUCUCCUAUGGAUGAUCAAGAGUCAGAAAAGCAUUCACCACCUCAUUCUCCACCACAACAUUUAAAAACUUCAUUUAAUGAAUUGGACGGGGAACAAAUUUCAGAUGGAGAUAUUGAAGAUGAACCUGAAUCAAUAACUAAAUCAAAACCUACUCCAAUUACACAUGGUGAAGAUUUAUCAGAUGUUUCUGAUUUAGAAAGUAUAGAUGGAGUUGAUGGUACUAUUGAGCAUGAAUCAAUACUCAAAGAAAAUCAACAAAAUGAAGAGAAACGAAUGAGUAAUGAUAAAAUAGAAAAAGAAGAUAAACACGCACCAGUUGGAUUAACAGAGGAAAGCGAACAACUAGAUUUUGAAGCUGAUGGUCAAUGGAAAGAUGAACGCGAUGAAGGUGAAGCAGAAGGACCAAUUAUUAAAGAAAGUAAAGACAAAGAUGAUAAAGAUGGAAAAGACAAAGAUAAAGAUAAAUUAAAAUCAAAAGAAGGUGGUGAUGUUAAUGAUAAGGAAGAGGGAGAAGAGGAUGGGGAAAAAGUAGAAUCUGAAUUAGAAGAAGGAGAACUUAGUGAUGGUGAUGAUGUUCGACCAGAAGAAACAGAACCAAGACCUGUUUGUCGCUUUUAUAACCGAGGACAAUGCACAUGGGGAGUUAGUUGUAGAUUUUUACAUCCAGGUGUAACUGACAAGGGAAAUUAUACAAUGUUUGACAUGGUACGACCAAUGGCAUACCCACCACAUGCAGCUACUCCACACGAAUUCAGGCCGCAUAUUGAAAGGCCAAAUAUGGUGCGACCAUUACCUGGAUAUGGAGCACCAUCACAUACACCAAAAGUAGAAGAUCUUCCUGCUGAAUCUGCGUGGGAACGUGGAUUACGACAUGCUAAAGAAAUGAUGCGCAAAGCAAAUAAACGCAAAGAAUCUGAUAUGGACUUCGAAGAAAAGAAGAUGAAUUUAAGUUUAGGACAAGAUGAAUUAGAUAGAGAAGCAGGAUAUUAUGUAAGAGCAGCUAGUCCAGAACCACCUGUUGAAAGAUGGCCUCCUAGAGAAGCACCUAGAAGAAUACCACCACCAAGGCUUACACCAGAAAGAUAUAUUGAUGAUCCUGAUACUUAUUAUGCACCACCAGCAGCACCACCAGAAUAUUAUAGGAGAGUACAUUAUAAAGCAGACUCUCGAGUCACUGCUGAAUAUAGGGAACGUAUCGAUUAUCACGCAAUUCCUCGUGGAACACCUCAUUCUGUUUCUCCACCACCACAUACUAGAGAAAGAGAGAGAGAGAGAGAACGUGAGCGUGAACGCGACAGGGAACGAGAAUAUUACGAGAAAUAUGAGAAGAAACAUAAACGUCCAUCAAGGGAAGUCAUAGUAGAACGUAUUCCACCGACGAAACCUUGGCGAGAGGAAGAACCACCACCAGAAGAAAGAAGUAGAGGAGAUGAAUGGGCAGAUCCUUGGAUGCGCCGGAAAUCUCCAAGUACGAUACGUCGAAAUACAUCAUCUCGACGAUCACGAAGACAGUCAUAUUCUUCAGGUUCUUCGUAUACGUCCACAAGCUCUAGCCGUAGCUCAAGCCGCUCUAGCUACAGUUCUUACGACUCCCUAUCCAGGUCCCGUUCACCAUCCCCUCCUUCUAGAACCCGUGGUGCUGGCAAGGGGAAAGCAGUGGUGACAUCACCACCUCCUAAUCCGCCAACGGUUGCAGCUGCUGCACCUCCGCGUGGUGCCAUGUUAAUGAAUCCACCUGCCCCUUCUCCUCGUCCACCUAAAGGUUCUAUUUCCCCUACGACUGGUACGCUUCACCGACGUGCUGGUCUCAACCCACCUGCACCGAGUCCGCUUUCUUCUCAUCAACGUCAUCAUGAGAAGGCAAGAGACAAAGCAGCGAUAGCUGCAGCUGCAGUAGCUAAAGUUAUUAAAAGUCGAUCGAGAUCGAGGUCAUCACACAGUAGUUCAGGUUCAGAAAGCAGCGGUAGCAGUAGUGACUCUAGCGAGUCAAGUUAUUCCUCUUCUUCCAGUGAAACACGUCGAAGGAAAGGCUCGACUCCACCAGUAACGCGAAAGGAUUCCAAGGGUAUCGAUGCCUUAAAACUUAGUGGUACUAAACAACAAAUCAAGCUUACAUUAAAGCCACCAAACAAUACUACAACAGUUAAAAAAGUUGACCGAUCUACUUUAAUGGCUGGAAAGAAAAGAAGUUUAGAAUCACCACCGUUAAUUGAUAGUAAAGCAAGCGUUGCUGCAGCUGCAGCUAAAGCAGCAAAGAAAGCUAGUUCACGACGAGAAGAAUUAUUAAAGCAGCUCAAAGCCGUGGAAGAUGCAAUUGCGCGUAAGAGAUCAAAAGUUUAAUAACGCAGUAUACAUCAUUUGUCAUUUUGAAAAUAUGUGUGUAUACAUACAUACAUAGACACAAAUAUUUCUUAGAUAUAUAUAAUUAGCUGCUACAAAGUAACAUGCGAUAUGAAAAUAAAAUGAAAAAUUCAUAUCAGGGCAAAAGCAUUUCUAAUUUCGCAAAUUUUUCUAAUCACAAUGUCAAUAUUUAACUUCUUUUUUUUGUCAGCAUGUAAACCAACAUACAAUGUUAAAUGUAGUACUGUGUCACUUUAACUUCUUCAUUAUUGGAAAUUUAAGAACUAUUUGUGCUUCAUUACACACAUACACAUAUGCCUGUACGCGAAUGUAUAUGUAAAGACUUCAAAUCGUACUUUAUUUUUAAGAAUUAAAUGAUCAGAGUGAUUCUUAUAAGUAGGGUAAAAAUAAACAAGAUAUCGUUUUAAACUGCCAAAUACACGUAAAUAAAAACAAACGUGUAAUUUAUUUGUAUAUGAAUGAAAGAUUCUGUUGAAAUAUACAAUAUAUCUAUGAUCAUA